AUGGGUGUUGUUGGGACGGUGGUGAAUUUAAUAGUGCAAACUUUAAUGGUGUUUAUGCCGAUAGCGCCUUACACUACAUUUUUCAUUUCUCGAAAUGAUGAAAAUAUAUUCAAAAGCUUUAGCUUAGGUACGUGUUAUGUUUUGCUCACAAGUAACAUCUUCCGAAUUUCAUUUUACUUUGGCGAACGAUAUGACACAUUUUUGUUAAUUCAAAGCGUUGUAUUAAUCAGUGGGAUGGUUGCAUUAUUAUAUCUUUCUUCUGUUGCACUAAAAAAUGAUAUCAAAGAGACUCUGACAGUCUUUGUCGUUUCAAGUGCAAUUGUUCUUGUCUUUGGAUAUUUAACACAACACUCGUAUUUCAUCGUCCAAAGUCUUGGAGCGAUUUCUAGUAUUGUGGAAGUGAUGCUUGCACUCCCACAAAUAUAUCACAAUUUCAAAACACAGAGCGGCGACGGGUUACCUAUUUCUACUAUCAUCGGAUGGAUCGUUGGUGACUCCUUUAAAACUAUUUAUUUCAUCAUCUCUGAAGUUCCUCUGCAAUUCAUUUGUUGCGGUAUUUUCCAAUUAAUGUGUGACGCUGUCAUUGUCGGACAAAUGGUUCACUACUCCCCAACUUACUUCGAAAAGGAAGUCAUCGAACCACUGAAAAAUUUGUUCACAAAAAUCACACAUAAAAAAAAGGAAACAACUAACGAAGACAUCUAA